AUGGAGCCACUCAUUGUCGACCAAGUUGGCAUCACCUGGAACCCAGGCGUUCACCGACGUUUUCCAUGGCUAGGAGUCAUCCCGUUGAUCUUGAGUAUAUGCUGUACAGGACUCGCCAUUGGAGUCGUUCUUGCGAGCAGUGGUCAGCCAGAGGCGGACUGGUCUGGACACAAGCAACCAGUAGUGACUAUCAUUGUGACUAUUACGAGCUUCCUGCGCGGUCCUCUGAUGCAAAGAGCCUCCUUUGUCCAGAUCGUGGAUGUGUCUCAUAACGGUACUGUUGAUCUUCAAGUAAAGCAUGAUAUCAGCGAUACUUGGGGAGGUACGGUAGACGGGCGGGACACCAGAAACGUCAUGUUCACUUCAGAAUUUGCACAAGUAACCCGGGAUUUCCAAGCUAAAGCCCCCAUUCACAUUGAAGGGGCCUCGUGUGAGAAUUGCACGUUGACUGUCAAGGCCUUCGGGUUCGAUGUUGAUCACUGUGAAGAGCUGACUUCUUCACCAACAAACUAUAACCUUACGGUUGACCUGGCGACCAUCGGAAACGUAUCACGCAUCUUCGAGUCCGCGAUCGAUGUCUGGUUUGAACAUCGAUCCUUUACCGCGCUCAACAUUUCCACAAAACGUAAAGCGCACUCGGACGGUGGUGAUGAAGCGUAUCCACAGGCAUGUUCCGGCAAGCUAGUAGGCCAAACUUGCAUCCUUGUACCCUCCGUAGUGGCGUACAACAUCUCUAUUACGGGAGGACACGCAUCCUUCCAAACAGACAGCUGGAAAGAUGAUCGCGUUGUGGAGCAUAUAAAUUUAACAUGGCCCUUAUCGGGUGCAGGUUCGGGUAUAACUAUCCUUCCUCUCCAGGUCGUUGGAUCAACCCUCUUCAACUCAAUCGCCGAGGUGUGGUGGUCAGGCGCAGUGGGCUGGGCAACAAAGGCCGACGGACUUACAGCCAACUUAUACACGGGAAACUGGUCCGCGGCUCGGUCUCCAUGCCAUCAAUUCUAUCUAGACCCCAUGGAUGACAUAAUCAACAGCUAUCGCGAACUGGCAUUCCGCAUGUCUGUCCACGCAGCCAAUAACCCUGGGCAUGACCCCCUGGGCGUCCCGCUCCCACGUGAAGAACAAAAGGGGAUUCCGUAUACAAGUCACCUCACACAAGUCCAGUACGCCGCCAAUAUCCCGGAACUGCUCCUCGCAGUAGCCGUCAGCCUCGCCGGACCGGUGGCUACCAUGGUACUGCUUUGGGGUUGGUGGAGGCUAGGCAAGAGUUUCUCCAUGAGUCCACUGGAACUCGCUUAUGCGUUCAGUUCUCCUCCCGAAAAAGGGCCCUACGGAAAGUCAUCGCUAACACUGUUAUCGGAGUCGAAAAGUGACCUGGGUUACAAUGGCGGCGGCGGCGGCGGCGUUACUACUACUACGCAACAGGAGAACGAAGCAGGUGGAAUGGGUGGUCUCUUUGUAGAUUGCGACAGGACCGCUUCAGCUGGUGAACUGGCUGAUCACUUCCGCAACAAAGGGAAGGGCUCUGGAGGAGGAGGAGGAGAGCCAAAGAUACAAUAUGGUGUUGUGAACGGCGAAGGGGGUCGUUUUUCUUUUGCUGUUGUAGAGGGCUUGUGA